AUGGAGAAGAAGAAGCGCGGAGGUGGGACUCUCUACUCGGCGCCGAAGAAGCCAUCGCCGCCAGGGGAGAACAUUGCGGAGGCGAAGAGGGUUGGCGGCAUCUCUCGCGCGAACCCUAGGUCGGCCGUUCUAGGCCGUGAAAUGGGCCGGGUCUGGUCGAAUCAGGCAGGCAGGCUGAAGUUGGAAAGGGACUGGGCCGAACAAAAGCUGGUUCCUGACCCAAUCCUUGGGCCGGACAUGAGCACACUAAUCUGGUGUCUCUUAUACAAAUCCGAGCUUGAUUCAAGAGGCCCAAUGGUGGAGGAAGGUUGUGGCGGUUUGGGCCACGAGUUGGCUAGCAAGAUGAAGGUUGUUGGGCCGCAGCUAGGACUUGUAAAUGCCAAACAAGGGUUAAGUUGCGGGCCGGGACAAAGAAAGCCCACAGAUCUCAAGGAGAAGGAGAAGAUGGGUUUCUUGAAAAUAAAAGGUUUGGAUUUCAAGUGGACUGUUUAG